AUGUUCAAAUAUUUCAGGCAAACAUGUGCAUUGCUUAAGAGGAUCGAUAAAAGGACACAAAUACUUUCUAUAGGAGCUGCUAAUCUCAUAAUUUUAACCAUUUUAAUGAUCUCUGGAACUCUCAUUGUCGAUACACAAUUCGAAGCUAGGUAUAAUCGUUGCAUUUCGAUAGGCAAGAGGGAGCAAACACUGCAAGAAGAGCAUAAUCAAUUGAUGCUUUUUUUAUCUAAAACAGACUCUCCUGAAAAUUUGGACAAUUCUGUUCCCAUUCCCAAAAUUGAUUUAUAA